AUUAGUACCUUUUGUUGAUACAUUUAAGGUUAGAUUAGAUUGGGUUUACUGACAUCACAUCCUAUUUCCAAAGUCUAUCUGAUCGCAAACAUAUUGAAACUGUAAAUUGAGUAUUUCUAUUGUUAGUUUGGAUUAAACUUAAAUAACUGUUGUCAUGACAUGAAACCAACUUUUCAAUUGCAAAGAUAUUAUGAAGAGUCGUUUUUAUCCGAUUGCAAGAAUGAAUUUGAUCUCAACUCAUUAGCAGAUAAUAAUGAUUUCACUGUUUAUAACUAUCUAGGUCACGAUAUACUUGUGUGCCGAAAACCAGCCUUAACAGAACAUCAUAGCUCUAGAUUGAAGACUGAUGACAGAAUCGACUUAUUAUACGAUUUGAAAACAUCUCUGGAAGGGGAACGACGUGAAAAAACUGGUCAUUCAUAUGAUUAUAAACCUCAGAAAAUGCAGUGUGGCCCUCAUUUUCUUCACCGCGCUCAAUUUCACUCUUCGAAAUGUACGUUUCCAAAUCCAAAAAUAAAAGUCAAUAUUGAAAACCUUCAUAUGUACCCGGGCUUGAAGUGGAGUGUGAACAGAACUCAAAAAAUAAGUAGACGAACUGCUUCCAGGUCAAGCAAUGUCAUUCCAAUAACCAGCUUCAUAAGUGAUAUAUUUAAAUUACAUAGGAUUCAAUAAAAGCGUCUUAAGAUUGACAAAGUUAUGUAUGCACAAUGGAGAAGAUGAACUGUAACCACAUAAAUAUAUAUGGAAAUAGCAACAUGUCCACAUUAGCUAGUACAAUAAACUGCAAUAUAUUUCCCUCGGGAGAGAUAAUGAAUUACAAGUGUAAACAAGUUUUUCAGAUGUUACUUUUGGUACUGACUAUAUCCCAAACUGCAUGAAAUUGUAUUACCCACAAUGCUAGCUAUUCGUCUCUACAUUUUGACUCAAAUGUUUUGUCUUUAGAAUACCAUCGUGGAUUUGUUUGGUUUUAAAACGAUAAAAUUCAUAGGCAUGUCCUUAACAGAAGCUAAGUAUUGUUUGAGUGAAAAAAUAGUCUUUUUAAUAAACAUUAAAGUCUGCUCCUUUUAGACACAUUUGACGUACAUGUUCACUUCCUUUAAAAAACUCAUGUAUUUAUAAAUUUAAAUAAAUUAAAAUUCGAAUAAUUCUUGUUCUUAUGAAAGCCAUAGGUCAUUAGAUAACACUCAUUGCGUUUGGUCGUAUCGAUAAAUGUCAAAAAAUAUGAUGCACUCUCUAUAUCACUCAGUAGUCGUCAUAUUUUCUGUUUCACUUCCACAGUUAUACGUCAACAGCGUAUAAAAUAUAAUUGUUGACUGAUAAAUUACAAAAUGUAGACUUACUAAGGAUUCACUCGAAAAUCUUUCUGUGAAACGUUUUAUCUCAAAUAGUCAAUUUGACGACCAUGCUAAUAUCAAGUCGUAUGAAUUUCAACUUAAAAGGUCUGAUGACUUUGAAGGCAUGAAGAGAGAUGUAUUAUCACAUAACAGUUUUAGAUUUAGUACUGUGACAAUCACAUUCAUACUAAAGAACUACCUUUGAGUGUUCUCUCUGAAGAUGUAAGGGAAAUUAAGUUUAAGCCGUUGACAAGUAAGUUGUAAAAGCUAGAAUCUUUUAUUUCAACAAUCUCUUCUUGAAACUUGUAAUUGACUACAGAUUUUAGGGACGUUAGGUUUGUUUUCCCCUAAGUGUGUUCAUGUGGUUAAGUUAAACUCUCAGUUAUUCCUCUGAUUGUUAACUUUAAAACUACAUUAUGACAUUUACCUGAAGCGAAUGUAGAGAUUGUCUAAUUUCUUCAUCAGUUUUCUGUAAUGACAUUUACAAAACAACAAACCAGAAAAUUGAAGACUUGUCCUAUCAACGGCCAUGAUUAGCAGUAAACACUUUGUAGUGACUUUGUUUUGCUAAACAAUCGUCUCGAGAACCGUUAUAAUAUAAGUCCAAACGGUGUUUGAAAUCAGAAGACAAAGAGAAGAGGCAACCAUAGUUUAUAAGUAGAUAGCGCAGAUCACAAAGCUAAAAGCACAUCGAGCGUAUUUGAAGCGGAGAAGCGAAUAAGUAUAUGUAAGCAAAUACAUAGGUAAAUUUAUAGUCAAAUAGCAUAAGGGUGUAGCAAGGCAAAACGAAAGCUAACAAUAAGAUUUAAGUAUAUAUAUAUAGUCAGAGGGGUCCUACAAAAAUGAGUAAAUAACAUAUAAUUAGACGCAAAAAAUGUCUCUCAGUCUCAGCACUUCCGACACUCGUUUCAACCAUGUUCGUCUGGAUAUUGUGAGACAUCCACCAAAUUCAGAUGGAUACUUUUCUUAGAUGUAUUCCGAUUUUCGGUGCGUCAUCCAGUCUGCCGAGGUCAAUAUGGAAAAGAUCUCCAUAAUUCCCAAAUCAAGAGUAAAAAAUAACACAUGCUAGACAUCAAAAUUAAAUUCAAGGAUUGCAUUAAUGACUGAAUCAGCGAGGGGACACUUGUAAUUCUCCAGAAGCAGGGUUUUGCCGGGGCAGGCACAAUUUUUGGAUAAGAGCUCCCAUGAUUAUGAUUUGAUAUUAUUCAAACCGUUUCUCUUGACACUCCAAAUAAGCUACUAGUUGCUCCAAAGAAAUAUUCACCGUAUUUUUCCCCGUCGCUACUGAUAAGUCCUCCGAAUGAAUGCUAGAUUUCAUUCCUAAACCCUAUUAGUAACCCCCAGGUUAGAUCCACACAACGUGAACACGAGGGAAAACUUGAGAAAUAUGGAAGAAAUGCUUUACUCCAAAGGUUUGUUUAUGAACAGAAAAUCCAAGAUUUUUAUAGUAUUUUAGAUGGUCUUGGGUUGCCGGAAAAUUAUCGAACGCUACUAAACAUAGUAGCAGUAUUGGUAAUCAUCCAAUCAGAAACCCGAUAUGUGACUUCUUUUUCUCGAUGUUUCUGGCAAAACUCCUAGUGAAUGCUGACUUGAUAAGAUGCUUCUCGGUGUUUUCAGAGCCCUUUUGGCUUUUUUGAGGAAUUUUUUGGAUCUCUUCAACAGACCAGCCAGUGUUGUGAAUUAGACGAAGUCUCGAAAUAAAACGGAACGGAUUCGUUAUGUGGACGACACAUUCGUCAUCGUCAAAAAGGACGAGCUGGAAAACACCUACAAUUUGAUCAACAAUGUUUUCGAUUACAUCAAGUUCACAAUGGAACAGGAGUCAAACAACAAACUACCAGUCUUGUAUGUAUUAAUCACUAGAGCCGAUACAGGAUAUCUGGAGACUCAAAUAUAUUGUAUGACGACCCACACAGAUCAAAUUCUCAAUUACGGUAGCAACAACCUAGGAGCUCACAAAAUCGAUUGCGUACAAACUUUGUUCAAGUGAGCGAGGACACACUGCAACACAAGUGUAGGGCAGAAAAAUGAAGAAAAAUAUCUAAGGACUAUCUUCCAGAAAACGGCUACCCACAUAACUUCAUCAAAAAAUACUAACCAGACGCAUCAGCAGAAACAAAUUCAUGUACGCAAACCAACAAACGGAAUAUCUCACCAUAUGUAAAAGGCAUAUAUUAAAUUACGAGAUUGUUGAAGCCGUUUGGAAUAGGCGUAGCACACAAACCAACAAAAUCACUUCAAUCAAUCCUAUGCAAACUAAAGAACGAAAUGACAAAAGAAGAAAAACCAGACACCAUCUACAAAUUAAAUCGUUUCAACUGCGUAAAGUGGACGCCAUCUUCAUCUUCGCCUGGACGAACAUCAAUUAGUGGUCAAACGUCAUGAUAUAUCGUCACUUAUAUCAAUGCAUGCGGACAAUUGUGGACACGCAUUCGACUGGGAAAAUGUUAAGAUUUUGGAUGGAGAUAAUUCUAAAAACGCCAAAGGAUCCUUAGAAGCUUGGCGCUCAGGUCAAUCAGCAAUCGACAAGCACAUUAAAAUCGACCCAAUUUAUCAACCAAUCAGAAAAAUUACGGACAAAUAUAGGACCAGGAAUCAAAUUGAUGGGAGAUACAAUCAAAAUAAAGAGGUACACAAUGACAGGUUAAAGGUCAACAAUAACCAAUCAAGAUCGAGGUCUACAGGACAAGCUGUGAGCCAUAUGUGGAGAACUUCGAACAUUUCACUUCUACCUGAAGUUUUUGAUGAUGAUAUCGUUCAGAAUAACGAUGAAAGCUGCACGACUAAACCAUCCAGCUCAGAGGACAAAACUCCACCAAAAUCAUUCACCUGAGCUAAAACUCUUCACCCUAUCAACACCGGGAUCAAUCAAACUAUGACAGAUUCAGUUAACAACUUUAUUUAUUGUAAUUAUCACAUCGUUCUUUAAAUCACUUAGUUAUCAGUUCAACUUUAUUUUCACAAUCAUUUGUGAAAUUAUAAUAUUGUUAUGUAACACUACCAUUCUAUGAGUAUUAUUUUAUUGUUAUAAAUCACAGAUAUCAAUGCAGAAUCAUGAUGGAUAUCUAAUUGAAAAGUUAUGUUUCUUCUCUAUCCUUUUUCUCGCCUGAUUACUUUCGCAAACUUUUGAACAGUUUGAUUAGAAGAAGAUCCUCACAAAAUUGAAAGGGAGAUUUGUUAUAAAUAUUCUAUCGCAAUUUCUGACAAUAAAACUCAUGUUAUCCUUUCUGUGAAGUUGAAUUAACGGGAGACAAAAUGGACUACUAUAACUAGCUAUUUUUUCUUCAUUUAAAAUAUUUCAAUGGAGUACAAUUUAAAUUCGUACAGUUUUCAAUAUACGCACAAGUAAGAUUUACUUUCACUGUGCUUCAAAAUAAUCUCUCGUUCUCUGUAUGGUUUUGUUGAUGAGAGAUUGCAAAUGAAAAGACAACUACAGUAUCAAUUAUUGCAGACGAAAAUUUACAAGUAGCAGAACUCAGACUACUCAACUACUCUUGUUAAUCAUGAAACAGAUUGAUGACAAUGAAUGAAAAUAUUUGUAAUAAUAUUGUUUCUUGGAGAUUCUUUGGUAUCCGUGAUUUUCUCAGCUGGUAUAUACUAUAGAAUAACUCAUUCAAUUACCCAAUUAAUACAUUUACAAAGUUCAAUUAUAAUGGUAAGUUUAUGAUAAUUUAGUUUACAGAUCAUUUACUUUAAAAUGAGUUUUUAUCAACAACAUAAAACACAAUCAAACAGAUAAAAAGAACUAUGUGUGAUUAAUUAAUAUUUGCAACAAAAUAAUUACCGAUUUUUUAAAAUUUAAUUAGGUGAUCAUAGUUUAUAAGAAAAAAAUAAUCGUCUUAAUUCAAUGGACUUAGAUGCAUUGUCUGUUUAUUGAUUUAAACGAUUCAGUGGCAAUUUUACUUAUUAACACACAUUAUCUCGAUGUUAAAUUUGAAUAAAGAUUGAAUAGUUUUGAACUUUUUUUUCUUGAUGAGUAUUUCUUUAUCAUAGGUAUAAACUUCUAGGAGGUAUUUAUGCUACGGCUUUUCAUACUGUCAUCUUUCUAAUUUCGACAUUCAAGCACAUAACAGGAAAAGAAGUGUUAAACAAAUCAGUCUAGGAAACUUGUAUGGUUUAUUGCUUUCUCCAAUCAUUAUUAUCAUAUUAAAUACACUAAGUUGUGUGAAAGAUAAGUAUACUUAAGAAGUGUCUUAAUUAAUGUUUGGUUUGAUUAGACAUGUCACUUAGAAAAACUCAUUAUACACAAUAAAGCCUAGAAACUGUAAAUUAAAUACAAGUGAUAUAGACUUACCUAUAAACGAAAAAUGUAUCAUCUCAAGACUGAAGACUCAAUUCACUUAGGGUUAAAUACACGGUUCAAAGUACAACUGUCAGAAUGAAGUAUAGCAUCAGAGCUUCUAUUAACAUUAUUCACUAAAGAUUUACUUCCAAAAAUUCACGACUAAUCUAAAGUUGUCUACAACUGAAAUAUAAUUUGAGCAUGCUAUGAACUGGUCCAGUGUAGCGUGACCAGAUAUGGUGGACAAAUAAUACAAUUAUAGCAAAAAUCACACCUUUAAUUACUUCUUUAAUGAGACUAUGCAAUACUAUGUAAAAUUCACUGACUGAGUUGUUAAAAAUAAUGACAUAUUUGAAUUUGAUAAUACCAGAAAAUUGGAAUAGAAAUUCUAGCCUAACAAAAUCUGUGACCUAAAAUCACGUUAGUAAGUCCAUACCACUAAUCGAACGACAAAGAUGUUAUUGUGACGAAAAUGUGAGGACGAGAUAUGACAGAAAAUACUAAUAAUAAUAAUAAUAAUGCGUGUAUAAAAUGUUAAAACAGUCAAACGAAACUGUGAAGUGUCAUCUGUAGAAGUUCGCAUGCAUCUACAUAGAUAUCCGUGUCAAGAAUACUGAAAAAAGUACACCUAGAACAGAAGUAAAAAACAUUUAUUGAUUUUAACAAGAAAAUGCAUGU